AUGUCCAAUUACUAUCAACAAGGUCCACCACAAGGGGGUUACUAUCAACAAGGUCCACCACCACCACAAGGAUACUAUCAACAACAACAACCGAUGUAUGUUCAACAACAACCACAACGAGGAGGUGGUGGAUGUUGUUCAUCAUUCUGUGGAUGUUGUGCUGCUAUAAUUUGUUGUUGUUGUGCUGAAGAAUGUUUGGACAUGUUGUGUAUGUAA